AUGGACACUUCCCAUGAGCCCUCGGAGGCAGCUGGCAGCAUUGCUGGAGUCUACGUAGAGGCUUCCAAGAAGGUCAUGAGCUUUUAUGAUGCCACCAGAGAGCAUCUCCUGAGUUUGGAUUGUGCUCUGUGGCUCCUGGAGGCCCAGGCAGCCACGGGUGGCAUCGCUGACCCGCUGAGGAGGAGCCACGAAUCGGUGUCAGAGGCUGUGCAGCGGGGGCUGGUGGGGCUGGAGCUGAGGGAGAGGCUCCUCUCUGCAGAGAAAGCUGCUACCGGCUUCCUGGACCCCUACACAGAGGAGAAAAUCCCCCUCUUCCAGGCUAUCCAGAAGGAGCUGGUGGGGAGGGAGCAGGGGGCCCGGCUGCUGGAGGCCCAGCUGGCAACCGGAGGUGUCCUGGACCCGGCCACGGGCGGCCGGCUGCCGGCAGACACCGCCUGCCAGCAGGGGUACCUGGACGAGGAGAUGAGGCAGCUCCUCUCCGACCCCAGCAAUGAGGACAUCAAAGGGUUCCUCGACCCCAGUACGAUGGGUAAGGUCACGUACACGGAGCUGAUGAAUAAAUGUGUUGUUGACCCAGCCACAGGCUUCCUCCUCUUGCCCCUGCAAGUCACCUUCGCGGGGCUGGGGGGGAGGGUGAACAGCAGGGACCUGCUGGACUCUGGCAUCAUCAGCCUUGACCUGUUCAGAGGUCUUGAGGAGGGAAGAGUUUCUGCCCAGGAGGUGGCAGAGAACGACUCCAUUCAGCAGUUCCUGCGUGGGACGAGGAGUGUGGCUGGCGUUGUCCUGCCUUCCAGCGAGAGGAAGAGCCUUUACCAGGCCCUGAGAGAGCAUCUCCUCAUGCCUGGUGCUGCUCUGAUGCUCCUGCAGGUCCAGGCCUCCAUCGGCAGCCUGACUGACCCCAUAAAGAACAAAAGCUACUUGGUUGAUGAGGCUGUCAGGGUUGGUCUCAUCGGCCCAGAGCUUCAUGAGAAGCUGUCUUCAGCUGAGAGGUCCAUCACUGGCUACCGGGACCCCUGCACUGGAGAAAUGCUCUCUCUGUUCCAAGCCAUCAGGAAAGGCUUCAUCCCCAGGGAUCAUGGCAUUUGCCUUCUGGAGGCACAGAUGGCCACGGGGGGGAUCAUUGCUCCUGGCAGGCACCUCCGUGUCCCCAUGGAGACAGCUUGCAAGUGGGGGUACCUGGACGAGGCCACAAAACAGCUCCUCUCCAGUCCUACUGAAGACAUGAAAGGGUUCUUGGACCCCACCUCCAAGGAGAAGCUGAUCUACGCAGACCUGCUCAAGCGCUGUGUCACUGACCCCAUCACAGGGCUCCUCCUGCUGCCACUUGGUGGAGGCAGCAGAGAAGGAUCCAAUGGGACCCACCUCUUCUUUGACCAUAGGACCCAAACAGCUCUGGAAAACACAGAAGUGCCCAUCUCUGUGGGGAAGUUCAAGGGAAAGUCGGUGUCUCUCUGGAAGCUCCUCUUCUCAGACUACAUCCAGGGUGAGCAGAGAGCUGCUCUGGCCCAGCAGUACCUUUCAGGAACGCUCUCUACGCAGGAACUGGGGAAGGCGGUCAGGGCCACCAUUGAGGAGAUGGCUUCCACUGCUAACCUCACCUUUGAAGGACUGAGGGACCGGGUGACAGCCGACCAGCUCCUGAGCUCUGAAAUCAUCAACAAAGAUUUGUUUAAGAAACUGAAAGAGGGAGAAACAUCAGCCAAGGAAGUUGUCAGUAUGGACACAGUCAAGAAAUACCUGCAAGGGACAGGUAGCAUUGGUGGGCUCCUGCUUCCUGACUCCCAGGAGAAGAUCAGCAUUUACCAGGCAAGGCGGAAAGGACUUUUGAGGCCAGGGACAUCCCUGAUCCUCUUGGAGGCACAGGCUGCGACCGGGUUUGUCAUUGACCCCACUGCCAACAAAAGGUAUUCUGUGGACGAGGCGCUGAGAGCCAACGUCAUCGGCCCAGAUGUGUACGACAAGCUGCUGGCGGCGGAGAAAUCGGUCACUGGCUACAGGGACCCCUACUCGGGAGACAAGAUCUCCCUCUUCCAGGCCAUGAAGAAGGAGCUGAUCGUCAAGGAGCACGGCAUCCGCCUGCUGGAGGCCCAGAUCGCCACGGGCGGCAUCAUCGACCCCGUGCACAGCCACCGCAUCCCUGUGGAGGUGGCCUACAAGAGGGGCUACUUCGACAAGAAGAUGAACUUGAUCCUUUCUGACCCCAGCGACGACACCAAGGGCUUCUUCGACCCCAACACCCACGAGAACCUCACCUACCUGCAGCUGAAGGAGAAGUGCAUCACUGAGCCAACCACCGGGCUCUGCCUCCUUCCUCUGAACAGCAGGAAGCGCCAGUUCAUCGAUGACACCACCAGACGGGUCUUCAGCAGCUCCUGGAUGCCUGUCAGGUUCGGGAGGUUCCGGGGAGAGAAGGGCUCUGUGUGGGACCUGCUGGACUCUGAGUACUUCAGCGAGGGCAGGCGCCGGGAGAUCUUCAACCACUACCAGCUGAAGAAGCUCACCCUGGAGCAAAUCCGGGUUAUGUUAGAGGAGGAAAUGAAAAAAUGGGCCCCCAUCAAGUUCCUGGCCAUGAGAGGCAGCGUCAGUGCUUACCACCUGAUGGAGACAGGGGUCAUUGACAAGGCCCUGUUUGAGAAGGUGUUGGAGGGAUCCGUCACACCAGAGGAGGUCCUGCACAUGGACUCUGUCAAGAAGUACCUCUAUGGCUCUGGCAGCAUUGGGGGGGUUGUGCUGCAGCCCUCAAACCAGAGGAUAAGCAUUUAUGAGGCCAUGAAGAAAAACAUCAUGGUACCAGGGGUAGCCCUCCCACUGCUGGAGGCCCAGGCUGCCACAGGCUUCAUCAUCGACCCUGUGAACAACCAGAAGCUCUGUGUGGAUGAUGCCAUCAAGGAGGGAGUCAUUGGGCCAGAAGUCCAUGAGAAGCUGCAGCAUGCAGAAGGGGCUGUAACAGGCUACAAAGAUCCUUUCACAGGCAAGAAAAUCCCCCUCUUCCAGGCCAUGAAGAAGGGCUUGAUUGCUGACAAACAGGCCAUGCAGCUGAUGGAGGUGCAGAUGGCUACAGGAGGCAUCAUCGACCCAACAUGUGGCCACUAUAUCCCCAUAGAAUCUGCUCAGAAGCGUGGGUGCCUGGAUGAGGACACCAGCAAGGCCCUCUCUGAGCCCAGUGACAGCACCAGGGCCUUCAUUGUCCCAGACAGCAAGGAGACCAUGACCUAUGCUGAAUUAAUCCAGCGCUGCCAGAAGGACGAGGUCUCUGGUUUCCACUUACUGCCUCUGCCACAGGCAGCUGCUGCUGCCUACACUGAUGAGGAAAUCCAACGGAUUUUUAAGGAAACUGUGGUGAAGGAAAAAGGGGUAUCCCUCUGGGAGCUGAUCCACUCUGGGUACUUCACCGAGGAGCAGAGGAACGACUUCCUGGAGAGGUUCCGCUCUGAGGAGAUGUCGCUGCAGCAGCUGGUGGCCCUGGUGCUCCGGCUGGUGGGGGAGAUGGAGCUGAAGGCUCGGACCCACAUCACCCUGCAGGGCCUACGGGGCAGUGUCCCUGCUGUCUGGCUGCUGGACACUGGCAUCAUUUCUGAGAAGACAUUUGAGGAACUGGCUCAGGGCGUAAGAACUCCCGAGGAAGUGGCUGAGAUGGAGAGCGUGAGGAGGUACCUGCAGGGCACAGGGAGCAUCUCUGGCGUGUUCAUAGAGGCAUCCAAAAAGAAGAUGAGUUUUUACGAUGCCAUGAAAAACAAUCUCCUCCUGCCCGGGGCUGCCCUGAGGCUGCUGGAAGCUCAGGCAGCCACGGGAUACCUGACUGACCCCACCACCAACCAGAGGCUCAGUGUGAGGGACGCUGUGAAAGCUGGUGUUGUUGGUGAAGAGCUCACUGAGAAACUCUUUCUGGCUGAGAGGGCAGUGACUGGCUACACAGACCCCUACACAGGGAGCUCCAUCUCAAUAUGUCAGGCCCUCCGGAAAGAGCUGAUUCCCUUGGGAGAUGCUCUUCCCUUGCUAGAGGCCCAGCUGGCCACAGGAGGGAUCAUCGAUCCCAUCCACCACCACCACCUCCCACUCCAAGCUGCCUACAGAUAUGGCUUCUACGAUGAGGACCUGAACCAAACCCUCUCGCAGCAGAAUGACAGCACCAAGGCCUUUUUUGACCCGAACAUGAAGGAGAACAUGACCUACCAGCAGCUGAAGGACAGGUGUGUUCAUGAGGCCGAGUCAGGGCUCUGGCUCCUUCCUCUAUCAGAAGACUCCAUGUUCUGUGUGGAUGAGCAGACCAUGGAGGUGCUGAGAUCCGUGACCGUUUGUGUCAACAUAGGGAGGUUCAAAGGCCAGACAGUAUCGGUCUGGGACCUUCUCAACUCUGAAUACUUCUCAGACAGCAAGAGAAGAGAGCUAGUGCAGAAGUACAAAGAGGAGAAGGCCCAAGUGCUACAUGAAAUCAUAACAAUUGUCACCACAAUCAUCCAAGAGACUGAGACGCGAGGCAAGAAGAUUGCGUUCAAGGGCCUGCGGAAAAGAGUCUCUGCCAGCGACCUCUUCCAGUCUCAGCUGAUAGACAAAAAGACCCUCGAUGAGCUCAGCCAGGGGAAGAAAACUGUCAAAGAGGUCACAGAAAUGGACUCUGUCCGCAGGUACCUGGAGGGCACCAAUUUCAUAGCAGGGGUCCUUAUACAGCCCAGCAACGAGAAGAUGAGCAUCUACCAGGCCAUGUGGAAGGGUAUCCUGAGGCCGGGGACAGCCCUGGUGCUGCUGGAGGCACAGGCUGCCACCGGCUACAUCAUUGACCCGGAGAAGAACAAGAAGUUUUCAGUGGAGGAAGCGUUAGCUGUGGGUCUAAUUGGAGGAGAGAUCUUUGAAAAGCUUCUCUGUGCAGAGAAAGCUGUGACGGGCUACACUGACCCCUACACCAAGGCCCCCAUGUCCCUCUUUGAAGCUAUGAACCAAGGGCUGAUUGUGAGGAGCCACGGGAUCCGCCUGCUGGAGGCCCAGAUCGCCACGGGCGGCAUCAUCGACCCCGUGCACAGCCACCGCCUGCCCGUGGAGGUGGCCUACCAGAGGGGCUACUUCGACCAGGAGAUGAGCCGCGUCCUGUCUGACCCCAGUGACGACACCAAGGGCUUCUUCGACCCCAACACCCACGAGAACCUCACCUACAUGCAGCUCCUGGAGAGAUGUGUCCAAGAUCCAGAGACUGGGUUGUACAUGCUACAAGUUGUGCAGGAAGGAGGAAAGUAUUUCUACAUUGAUGAGCUUACAAAACAGGCUUUGCGGGCGAAGCUCCUUGAAGUGCAAGUUGGGAAGUUUAAGGGCCAAACAGUUUCUGUCUGGGACAUUCUCUGCUCCCAUUACUUCUCCCAGCAUAAACGCAAAGAACUAGUGAUCCAGUACAAAUGCAAAACCCUCCCACUGGAGGACCUCAUAGACCUCAUCCUGAAAAUAAUUGAGGACACAGAGCGAAGAGCAGCAGCCCUCAAGGUUAAAGGGCUGCGGGGGGAGGUGUCAGUGUCAGAGUUGUUCAACUCUGAGAUCAUCGACAAGAAAACCCUGGACCAGCUGCAGGAUGGGAGUCUCACCCUGGCCAGCCUCACAACGAGGGACACCAUCAAAAGGUACCUGGAUGGCACUGGAUGCAUUGCUGGGGUCCUUCUUCCGUCAAGGAAAGAGAAGAUGAGCAUCUCCCAGGCCCUGGAGAGGGGCCUCCUCACCGAGCAGUGUGCACUGGGGCUGCUGGAGGCACAGGCUGCCACUGGCUUCAUCAUUGACCCCCUGAAGAAUGAGAAGCUCUCUGUUGAUGAGGCCAUCUCCGCUGGGCUGGUGGGAAGCCACUUGCACCAGAAGCUGCUGUGGGCAGAGAAAGCUGUAACAGGAUACACAGAUCCUCAGACUGGAAAUAAAAUAUCCCUCUUCCAGGCCAUAAAGCAGAAGAUAACAGUCAGGGAGCACGGGAUCCGCCUGCUGGAGGCUCAGAUCGCCACGGGUGGCAUCAUUGACCCCGUGCACAGCCACCGCCUGCCCGUGGAGGUGGCCUACAAGAGGGGCUACUUGGAUGAUGACAUGUUUCUCCUACUUUCUGACCCAGAUCACGGCAGCAAAGGCUUUAUAGAUCCAAACACCCAUGAGAAAAUUAGUUACAGUCAGCUCCUGGAGAGAUGCUCUAAGGACAGAGACACAGGACUGUACCUGCUGCAGGUCAUGGAAAAAGACAAAGACUAUUUCUACAUUGAUGAGCAAACCAAAAAUACCCUUUUAUGUACAAAGGUCAAAAUGCCUGUUGGGAAAUACAAGGGACAGAAGCUGUCGGUGGAGCAGGCCGUUUCCAGCGGGCUGGUGGGCAGCGAGCUGCAGGAGAAGCUGCUGUCGGCCGAGCGGGCCGUGACGGGCUACACCGACCCCUACACGGGCCAGCAGAUCUCCCUCUUCCAGGCCAUGAAGAAGGAGCUGAUCGUCAAGGAGCACGGCAUCCGCCUGCUGGAGGCCCAGAUCGCCACGGGCGGCAUCAUCGACCCCGUGCACAGCCACCGCCUGCCCGUGGAGGUGGCCUACCAGAGGGGCUACUUCGACCAGGAGAUGAGCCGCGUCCUGUCCGACCCCAGCGACGACACCAAGGGCUUCUUCGACCCCAACACCCACGAGAACCUCACCUACAUGCAGCUCCUGCCCCCCCGCUGCGUGCCCGACCCGGACACGGGGCUGCUGAUGCUCCAGCUGAUGGACAAGGGCUCCGCCAUCUACCAGCUGCCCGAGGAGGCCCGCAAAGCCCUGCAGGCCGCCCGCACCACCCUCAGCGUGGGGCUCUUCCAGGGCCAGAGCGUCACCCUCUGGGAGCUCCUCUUCUCCCGCUACGUCCCCGACCAGCGGCGCCAGGACCUCCUGCGCCAGUACAAGGCAGGGACGCUCAGCGUCUCCCAGAUGAGCAGCCUCCUCACCGCCAUCGAGGCGGUGGAGCGGAGCAGCAAGGUGAAGUUCGCAGGCCUCAGGAGGCAGGUGACCGCCUCGGACCUGGCCGACUCGGGCAUCAUCGACAAGGAGACGCUGGCCCAGCUGGUGCAGGGCUCCAAGACGGUGCAGGAGGUGACGCAAAUGGCCUCCGUCAAGCGCUACCUGGACGGCACAGGCUGCAUCGCCGGCGUGCUGGUGCCCUCCAAGGGCGACCCCGCCAAGCUGGAGAAGAUGAGCAUCUACCAGGCCAUGUGGAAGGGCGUGCUGAGGCAGGGCACGGGGCUGGUGCUGCUGGAGGCGCAGGCGGCCACCGGCUUCCUGGUCGACCCGCUCACCAACCAGAAGCUGUCGGUGGAGCAGGCCGUUUCCAGCGGGCUGCCGCGGCAGCGGGAGGCCCCGGCGCCGGCCCAGAACGGCGAGGCCACGGGCUCCCGGCGGGAGCAGGAGCUGGAGCGGGAGCGGGAGCGGGAGCUGGAGCAGGCCCUCAAGUCCCGCACCGUCGAGGUCCCGGCGGGCAGCUUCCCCGUCCGAGAGGUGUCCCUGUGGGAGCUCCUCUUCUCCAAGUACGUGUACGAGCAGAAGAGGCAGGAGCUGCUGGGGCAGGUGCGGGCCGGCAGCCUGGCGCUGGAGGAGCUGGCCGGGGUCCUGCGCCUCCUGGUGCAGGAGGCGGUGGAGCGGAGCAGCAAGGUGAAGUUCGCAGGCCUCAGGAGGCAGGUGACCGCCUCGGACCUGGCCGACUCGGGCAUCAUCGACAAGGAGACGCUGGCCCAGCUGGUGCAGGGCUCCAAGACGGUGCAGGAGGUGACGCAAAUGGCCUCCGUCAAGCGCUACCUGGACGGCACAGGCUGCAUCGCCGGCGUGCUGGUGCCCUCCAAGGGCGACCCCGCCAAGCUGGAGAAGAUGAGCAUCUACCAGGCCAUGUGGAAGGGCGUGCUGAGGCAGGGCACGGGGCUGGUGCUGCUGGAGGCGCAGGCGGCCACCGGCUUCCUGGUCGACCCGCUCACCAACCAGAAGCUGUCGGUGGAGCAGGCCGUUUCCAGCGGGCUGGUGGGCAGCGAGCUGCAGGAGAAGCUGCUGUCGGCCGAGCGGGCCGUGACGGGCUACACCGACCCCUACACGGGCCAGCAGAUCUCCCUCUUCCAGGCCAUGAAGAAGGAGCUGAUCGUCAAGGAGCACGGCAUCCGCCUGCUGGAGGCCCAGAUCGCCACGGGCGGCAUCAUCGACCCCGUGCACAGCCACCGCCUGCCCGUGGAGGUGGCCUACCAGAGGGGCUACUUCGACCAGGAGAUGAGCCGCGUCCUGUCCGACCCCAGCGACGACACCAAGGGCUUCUUCGACCCCAACACCCACGAGAACUUCACCUACAUGCAGCUCCUGCGCCGCUGCGUGCCCGACCCGGACACUGGACUUUACUUCCUCAAAGUUGUUUGAAAUAAUUUUGAAUCUUGUUGCACUGUUU